GAAACCGAGAUCGCUGCUGACUGCAACCAUGUAAGUGUUCUGAACUCCGUCCCGCACGUCAUUAAACCAUCCUGUCAUUUUGUGUUACUGAAUGUGAAUAAUGAUUUAAUACAGCGUUGUUAGCCCCCUCUUGUGGCGUGACCUGCUAUCACACCCCUGCUUGAAUUUCCCGCUCACAGUGGGCCUGUACUCUGUUUUCUCUGAACUGUCAAUAGACUUUAAUGUCUUCUUCCUCCAGCUCCUGUGGAACUACAAGUUGAACCUGACGACUGACCCCAAGUUUGAGUCUGUGGCUGUGGAGGUGUGCAAGGCCACCAUCACCGACGUAAGUUGGCUAGCUACUUUUACAUAUGUACAAGUGUGUAUUAUACGCAUGCGUGAAAUGGAAAUUGACUUUUUGCAUAUCCCAACUCCCCCCUGGUCAUAGCCAGGAUCAGCCAUUAUCAACGGCGACCCUGGAGCAAUUAGGGUUAAGUGCCUUGCUCAAGUGCACAUUGACAGAUUAUUUACCUUGUCGGCUCGGGGAUUCGCACUAGCGACCUUUCGGUUACCUGCUGCCACCGUUAGGUCCUGUCCUCAUGCUACUACUGUCACGGUCCCUGGCACCUAGCAACACCUAGUAGCAACACAACAUUUUUAAGUAGGCCUAACACUUGUGCACUUAGCUGGAAAAGCUUCAAUUACAGAAAAAAGGGGCCUGCUUUCCAUUUCUUUAAUCAUGGAUUGGUUUUGGAUUAAUCCCUAUGUGCACAGGCCUUUGAUGCCCAAACAAACUAAGUGUCUAAGAAAGAGUUUGUGACAUUGACAUACGCCAACCGUAAUGUUUCUCUCCUCCUUCCUUCAGAUAAAAGAAUGUGCGGCGGAGGAGAGAGGGAAGGGCUACCUGGUUUCCUGCCUGGUGGAUCACCGCGGCAACAUCACGGAGUACCAGUGCAACCAGUACAUCACCAAGAUGACCAGCAUCGUGUUCAGCGACUACCGCCUCAUCUGUGGCUUCAUGGACAAGUGUCGCGAGGACAUCAACAGCCUGCACUGUGGCAGCAUAUCCACCGGCGAGAAGGUGACUGCUCUAGUAGCCUUCUCUCACCUGUCUGUUAUUGCUCUAUAAUAUUUCAGAGUAUAUGCUAUUUGGUAGGCGUUUUACAUACAGGUGGUCCCGGGAAUCGAACCCACUAUAUCCUGGCCAUGCUCUACCAACUGAGUUAGAGGACCACAGCUAUAGGCAUAUCACUAGCCUUCUCUAACUGUUAAACACGCCUGUCUCUUCUUACUAUGUGUACUCAUUUCACUGGCCAAUCAGCCUUUGUGGGAAGAGUAGCCUACACAUCUGUAAAGAUUGAACAUACUUUUUCAAUCAGAAAUUGGUCAUGAGGGCUUUAUAUAGCUGCUCCAGCAUUAUAUUUGUAUGAAGCUGUCUCUGUGCUGUAUGUAGAGGUAACAAAAAAAACUGACAAGCGCAGGAUCUGCCCAUUUUUGUUUGUGCUGAUUUCUAAUUUGCUAGGUUGGUUCUCAUUUUUAUUUGACACCUUGUGUUCCACCAUGUCUUAUGACUACAUGAGGUUUCCUGUUUUGGGCAUAAUGUAGUUAGGCUUGACUUAAUGCCUCUGUACUGCUCUGAGCUCCAGUGUUGUUUUCCUGGCUAUGAGUCCUCCUGAGUAUUUGCUCUUACUACAGUCACUAACUUAGCUACUUCAGUCAUGAUUUAUGACAAAUUUAGCUUCCACGCUCUCAACUCCCAGUGUUUAACAUUAAUUAUUAAUAUCUACAGGAUUAUUAAUGUCCAUGCCUUCAGGAAUCAAAUGCCAGUUGUCAGGGCAACACAACAGCAAAAACACUGAAUGAAUAAUUUCUUUGUUGUCCUUUUUUAAAUAUUUAACAUCUCUGUAUUUACUAAUGUAUUUCCUCCCCUCUGGCUGUUUUGUAUGUUUUUGUGGUUGUGUGUUCUAUUCAAUUGCUAAAAGAAAUCCUUUGAAAUAAAAUAUUUGAUUAAAAACAACGGAUCCAAAGCGCAACUCUGGGAGCUAACACUUCUCCAGGCCCCACACAGAGAUGCGUGAGUACACAAAGGCUCAUCGGUGCUGUAGCCAACUUGAACCUAUCCAUCUCACUGUCCCCACGCCACCCUUUCUGUCCCUCAGGACGUGCACUCCCAGGGUGAGGUGAUAGCGUGCCUGGAGAAGGGUCUGGUCAGGGAGGCAGAGGAGCAGCCCGGGGCCCAUGCCAUCGGGCCCGACUGUAAGAAGGCCAUCAUGCGUGUGGCCGAACUCUCCUCAGACGACUUCCACCUGGACAGAUACCUCUACUUUUCCUGCCGGGAGGACCGUGAGCGCUUCUGUGAAAAUGUGAGUACCUCCUGCCCUUCCCUCUCAGCUCUUUCAUUUCAUUAGAGGCUUCAUAUUGAGAUGCAGGGUCAGAUGCAUUCAGACUUUUAUUCAUCAUUGAAUCACAAUUCUAUUGUCUUUAAUUUCUAGACUCCAGCUGGAGAGGGCAGAGUCUACAAGUGUCUCUUCAACCACAAGUUUGAGGAGGCCAUGUCUGAAAAGGUAUGUGUUCUGCUGUUCAGCCUGGUUGGAACGGAGUCAUUGCCAAAAUAAUCAUAUCCAUCUUCUGCUACUUGUUAGUUGUCCAUAUGAAUAAUGCUGUGAUUGCAAAGCAUUUUGUCAGCAUGGUUGUCUAAAAUAUAGAGAACACACUUGAAUGGGAAUAUCUGUUCUGUUAAUUCAAUUUCAAUUCUGGCUAUUAGUCAGUGAGUCAGAUGGUGAUUGUGACCAGAGCUGUGUUGUGGUUGUCCUCCACAGUGCAGAGAGGCCCUGACCACGCGUCAGAAGCUGAUUACCCAGGACUACAAGGUGAGCUACUCCCUGGCCAAGGCCUGCAAGACAGACCUGAGGAAGUACCGCUGCAGCGUGGACACCAACAUGCCCCGCGCCCGCGAGGCCCGCCUCUCCUACCUGCUGCUCUGUCUGGAGUCUGCCGUACACCGAGGUUGGGCUGGCUGUCUCUUCUUCCUAAUCUCCAUCUGUCUCUCCCCCUGUCAGCCUGUUCUCUCUUAUGAUUUGUCAAUCUAGAUUAGUCUUUGGUGGAGUAAAAAACUAAUCUGUUGUCACGCUGGUGUUACUUUGAGGGUUUUUCUCUCCACUUAAUGAAAUGAAAUGGCUUUCUAGUGCCCCACUUGCAGUUCCUUUAAGACAUUUCCUGACCUGUGUGUGUUCCAGGUCGUACGGUGAGCGGGGAGUGUCAGGGGGAGAUGUUGGACUACAGGAGGAUGUUGAUGGAGGACUUCUCUCUGAGCCCUGAGAUCGUGCUGCACUGCCGUGGGGAGAUCGAGGCCCACUGCUCCGGCCUCCACCGCAAGGGACGCACCCUGCACUGCCUCAUGAGGGUGGGCCGAGGAGACAUGGGCGCCAUCGACAACCUCUGCCAGAAAGCUGUGAGUUCACAGGGUUCUCCCCAGUAGUGGUGCUGCUGAGUAAGGUGGGCGGGGGAGGUCUGGAAGGGGGCAGUACUCAGUAAAGAAAACAAUAAAAAAGGUUUUGGUAAAGAAAAAGACUGUAAAAUCACUAGGAAUUCAUUUAAAAUGAGUUUAAUUUAGGACAUUUGUUCCCAAAUAUUCCCACAAAUAAAAAGAGACGUGAUCAUGUCUCAAUGUAAUCAAGGUAGGAAAUGAUUGUUAUUUUCAAAUAAAAUCUCUUUUUGGGCUUAGUUGGGGUCAAUUUGCAGUGUACAAAUUCUUGAUAUUAUGUGCUUCUACAUCUGCAUUGCUUGCUGUUUGGGGUUUUAGACUGGGUUUCUGUAUAGCACUUUGUGACAUCUGCUGAUGUAAAAAGGGCUUUAUAAAUACAUUUGAUUGAUGUUCCAGCCCCCCAACCAUCCGCUCUGACAAAAAUCAUCCCGCAUCUGAAUUUAGUUGCCUACCCCUGCCAUAAGGCAUUAAGAUGGAGAUUAACGAGCACUAUCCAUUUGAGCUUUGAAGAGCAGUCCUCCCCCCAACCCUGAGGUCAAAUAGAGAAGUGAACCACUGUCAAGUUUCAGUACACGUACAGUUUGCCUAGUCAUCUUGCUGUGCAGCCCUCCCAUUACCAGACAGUGGUUGUUGAGGUUUAGGUCUCCUCUCUCUCUCCUCUCUCAGCUCCAGAUCCUGAUCCAGGAGGCUGACCCUGGGGCAGACUACCGUAUCGACCGGGCCCUAAACGAGGCCUGUGAGUCUGUCAUCCAGACCGCCUGCAAACACAUCCGCAACGGAGACCCCAUGUGAGUAACCAAAUUCUCCCUCUCUCCUGCUUACUUUACACAAAGCUACCAGAACAUUUGUAUGUCAAAUUGCAUGCAGUAAUUUGUGUAUCUGUGGAAUGAUUAAGCUGUAACAUGUGCUUGUGUGUAGGAUCCUGUCUUGUCUGAUGGAGCACCUGUACACAGAGAAGAUGGUGGAGGACUGUGAACACAGGCUGCUGGAGCUGCAGUACUUCAUAGCACGGGACUGGAAGUAAGUAGCAACACUACUAGUUUAUGGUAAUGCUCCACACAAAUGGUGACGCUCCACACAUUCAAAGCCUUUUAGGAGCCUGAUCAGGUUCCAUAUAAAGGUUUUUAGUAUGCCUGAUCAGUGUGCCCGGAUAUGGUUUCCUACACUGCUUUUGCUUGCUCUUUUGGGUCUAGGCCAGGUUACUGUAAAAGCACUUUGUGACAAUUGCUGAUGUUAUAAAUGUAUUUGAUGAAUCCUCACACACUCUCCUCUUACUGUCUGCCAGACUGGACCCCAUCCUGUAUAAGAAGUGCCAGGGCGAUGCCUCCCGCCUGUGCCACACCCACGGCUGGAACGAGACCAGCGAGAUGAUGCCACCCGGUGCCGUCUUCUCCUGUCUGUACCGCCACGCCUACCGCACAGAGGAGCAGGGACGGCGGGUAGGACUGAUUUCACCGCACUGUGCCGCACUCACAAAACGUAGCUACCAGUGGCUAAUGUAGAGGAACAUCAAUAUAGAUGUAGGUUAAUGUAAAAUUAUCACAGAAAGAAUAUAUUGUCUGAAGUGAUCUAGGACCUUUUUAGAAAUGCUUCUGUCCUCAGUACAUUCUGAAAGUGUUGUCCUUUUAAAAGGGGAAUGCAGUGGAAGAAACAGGAAGGCGUGUUUUCGUUGUAAGUUCAGUGUUUGUUGGUGAUGAUCAUCACGAUUUGAUUGGGUUCUGAUUCCUGAAGAUGAUUCUGGUCAAAAUGAGGGCAAAUUAUGGAUUUUGCUUGUUGAAGAAUGUAAAUUCGAAUAUACACUGCUCAAACAAAUAAAGGGAACACUUAAACAACACAUCCUAGAUCUGAAUGAAUGAAAUAAUCUUAUUAAAUACUUUUUUCUUUACAUAGUUGAAUGUGGUGACAACAAAAUCACACAAAAAUUAUCAAUGGAAAUCAAAUUGAUCAACCCAUGGAGGUCUGGAUUUGGAGUCACCCUCAAAAUUAAAGUGGAAAACCACACUACAGGCUGAUCCAACUUUGAUGUAAUGUCCUUAAAACAAGUCAAAAUGAGGCUCAGUAGUGUGUGUGGCCUCCACGUGCCCUGUAUGACCUCCCUACAACGCCUGGGCAUGCUCCUGAUGUGGUGGCGGAUGGUCUCCUAAGGGAUCUCCUCCCAGACCUGGACUAAAGCAUCCGCCAACUCCUGGACAGUCUGUGGUGCAACGUGGCGUUGGUGGAUGGAGCGAGACAUGAUGUCCCAGAUGUACUCAAUUGGAUUCAGGUCUGGGGAACGGGCGGUCCAUAGCAUCAAUGCCUUCCUCUUGCAGGAACUGCUGACACACUCCAGCCACAUGAGGUCUAGCAUUGUCUUGCAUUAGGAGGAACCCAGGGCCAACCACACCAGCAUAUGGUCUCACAAGGGGUCUGAGGAUCUCAUCUCGGUACCUAAUGGCAGUCAGGCUACCUCUGGCGAGCACAUGGAGGGCUGUGCGGCCCCCCAAAGAAAUGCCACCCCACACCAUGACUGACCCACCGCCAAACCGGUCAUGCUGGAGGAUGUUGCAGGCAGCAGAACGUUCUCCACGGGGUCUCCAGACUCUGUCACGUGCUCAGUGUGAACCUGCUUUCAUCUGUGAAUAGCACAGUGCACCAGUGGUGAAUUUGCCAAUCUUGGUGUUCUCUGGCAAAUGCCAAACGUCCUGCACGGUGUUGGGCUGUAAGCACAACCCCCACCUGUGGACGUCGGGCCCUCAUACCACCCUCAUGGAGUCUGUUUCUGACCGUUUGAGCAGACACAUGCACAUUUGUGGCCUGCUGGAGGUCAUUUUGCAGGGCUCUGGCAGUGCUCCUCCUGCUCCUCCUUGCACAAAGGCGGAGGUAGCAGUCCUGCUGCUGGGUUGUUGCCCUCCUACGGCCUCCUCCACGUCUCCUGAUGUACUGGACUGUCUCCUGGUAGCGCCUCCAUGCUCUGGACACUACGCUGACAGACACAGCAAACCUUCUUGCCACAGCUCGCAUUGAUGUGCCAUCCUGGAUGAGCUGCACUACCUGAGCCACUUGUGUGGGUUGUAGACUCCGUCUCAUGCUACCACUAGAGUGAAAGCACCGCCAGCAUUCAAAAGGGACCAAAACAUCAGCCAGGAAGCAUAGGAACUGAGAAGUGGUCUGUGGUCACCACCUGCAAAACCAGUCCUUUAUUGGGGGUGUCUUGCUAAUUGCCUAUAAUUUCCACCUGUUGUCUAUUCCAUUUGCACAACAGCAUGUGAAAUGUAUUGUCAAUCAGUGUUGCUUCCUAAGUGGACAGUUUGAUUUCACAGAAGUGUGAUUGACUUGGAGUUACAUUGUGUUGUUUAAGUGUUCCCUUAAUUUUUUUGAGCAGUGUAUUUUUUAUAAUAAAGUGAUUUUGCUAACGACUUAAAGUAUGAGUGCAUGCACCUCUACAUGUUGAAUGUGUCAUUGGUAUCAGAAGUGGGAUUAUGUGAUGUAACGAUCACUAUACUCAGGAAUGGUCUUCAGUCUUGUCAUGAGAAUGACUAUCAGAAUAAUUUCUUAAAGGCCCAGUGCAGUCAAAAUUCUGUUUUCCUGCAGAAACGAACACUGUGAAAGUGUGAAAAAAUGGAAUCUGUGUUAUUUCCUGAUAGUUGCUGGUUAAAAAUACAAUCUACACAAGACCUUCUCAUCAGCCUGUUUGCAUGGAGUUUCGGCUUGCCUGGUGUCAUCACCAGGCGGUAAAUUGGUUAAUAGAUCAAUAACAGAGUUCAAAACCUGUCUGCCAAUAACAGCUAGUUUUAAGUUUUCCCCUCCCCACUCAGACCACUCCCAGACAGUCCUAGCAAAAUUAUUGCUUGAGAAGUAGUUUUUGGCUAAAAAGCUAUUUUUGUCAAUUUUAAUAAAUCUAUUACAGUAAGUAGGGCACUCACUGUUCUAGAAUGCAGUGAAAUACGGGUAAAUUCAAGAGGGUGCUACUAAAUUAGUGUCUAAACCUAGUUAUAUUUUUUGCCUAUGUCAGUAUGAAUCACAUACAAUUCAUCAUUAGAUUGUUCUCGACAAUAUUAUAACAAUAUGCUUUUACAGUGUUGCUUAAAUAAGAACGUUUGACCGUUGCUAGUUUAGACCGCGCCUGUCUUGGUUGUAUCGUUUCCAUAUUUCGACGUUGUGAGGUGGUAACAUUUGGAGGCGUUUCCGCACUUUGGCCCAAUCAAAAUCAACUUGAUACCCUUGUAAUUUUCAUCUCUAGAUCCAUGGCUUUCUAUUCCUCUAGCCCCGGUCAAUCAACUUUGAGAGGGGCCGUUUCUAUGGUGAUUUAAAGGGAAAGACUCAGAAAUAAAAAAACAUUUUUGGGGGAGGAUAUAUAUUGAAAUUCAGUUUGUUAGCUUUCUAAAUGAAUGUGUAUGCGCACGCUCAAUUUUGUUUUGUAUUCCGUGGAUUUCAUUUAGAAAAAGCCCAUGUUAUCACACACUAACCUGCAGGUACUAGCUAGCUUGUCAGUUGACGCUCGACGUUGGCGCCGUUCUGCCAACAGAGCAGUGUCAGAGUUCUAUUGAGCAGUGACCACUUUUUGACCAUGGCUGUAAUCACAUUCUAAUCUCUCAUCAUGCUAAAUUCUCUGAGUAAAUAGUCUUUACCAGAAAUUAUUUGAUAUUGAUCAUUUAUUUUAAAAAACGUCUGCAUUGGGCCUUUAAUAUUUGACUGGAAUGGUUGACUGGUGACGUUGACAACAGUGGGAUUAUUUAUUGUGGUCGCCCAAUCAAUAUACUGAAGGUACACUACAAGCAAACAAAUUCAUUCUGAUGGGAUGUUCCAUUAGUGUUGACGCCUGUCUGUCUUGGGGGCUCCUAUCUCCCCUACUUUCUGGUUAUCUCUUGUCCUGCAUCCUAAACAGGGUUGGCCACAAUUCCAUUUCAAAUCAGUCAAUUCCGGAAGUAACCUGAAAGUCCAAUUGACUGAAUUGAAAUGGAAUUGACCCCGAUCCUGAGUUUUAUAAUGUUGAGUAUUAUUCUUUUGAUAUUCUCUAGCUGUCCCGGGACUGUAAAGUGGAGGUGCAGCGUAUCCUCCACCAGAGGGCGCUGGAUGUGAAGCUGGACCCGGAGCUGCAGAGGCGCUGUAUGACUGACCUGGGGAAGUGGUGCAGUGAGAAGACUGAGUCUGGACAGGUACUGUCACACAAAAUUCUGAUGACUUGCAUAUUAAACCAUCUCAUCCGUUCAUUGAAUUGUAGCCUGUAACUGCUGAAGUGAUGGUUUUGCUUUAGAAUGCUGGAUGCAGACACUCUGUUACUAUAGAAUAUGGCCAGCCAUAUUGGGGCUAGAUCAUUGGGACAGUAAUAAUUGCACAAGCAGGGUAUAUUUUUGCUGUAGUGAAGUCUGACAUGGUAUUUGUUGGUGUUCCAGGAACUGGAGUGUCUACAGGACCAUCUAGAGGACCUGGUGUCAGAGUGCAGGGAUGUGGUGGGCAACCUGACUGAACUGGCGUCUGAGGUAAGAGAGACGGGAGUACCAGGGACAAACUGGCUGACUGACUGCUCUGUAAGAAGAACUGGCUGUGGUAAACUAUGGUUGGUCACAUGGUAAAAGGGUGUUCCUAUCUCUCUUCCCACCAGGACAUUCAGAUUGAGACCCUGCUGAUGAGAGCCUGUGAGCCAGUUAUCCAGUCCCACUGUCACGUGAGUCCUACCUCUACCACAGCCCUGAGUGCUCUCUCAGGGCUUCUCAUACCACCAACCCCCAUUUAACUCCACUAACAAUGACAGGGAUAUCUCUCCUGUCAAGAAAAUGUAAGAAUUUCAAAUGAUCCAUUAAUUGAUUUAACUGAUCAGGUUUUUCUGACCACUUUGUCUCUCCCAGGAGGUGGCAGAUAACCAGAUCGACACAGGGGAUCUGAUGGAGUGUCUGGUGCAAAACAAACACCAGAAGGAGAUGAACGACAAGUGUGCCGUGGGCGUCACACACUUCCAACUGGUGAGUCUGUUCCAGAUAAUUCCAAAUAAACUCCCAACACUGGUGUCCAUCUGAAAUUAUUGGAUAGAUGGAAGUGAGAAACAUACAAUAUGCCACUAAAGAGACGUUUUCAUCCAAAGCAAUUUACAGUGCAGUGAGUUCAUCCAGUUUGAUAGUGUGUGUGAUCCCUCCCUGUGAGAAUUGAACCCAUGACCUUGACAGUUGCCUCACUCCCAUUUCUCUGCUCUUCCCUUCUCCUUCCGCUGCUCUUCCCUUCUCCUUCCGCUGCUCUUCCUUUUCAGGUCCAGAUUAAGGACUUCCGUUUCUCCUACAAGUUUAAGAUGGCCUGCAAAGAGGACGUGCUCAAACUCUGCCCCAACAUCAAGAAGAAGUGAGUCAUCUGAGCGAGAACCUGGGCAUAGUUGACCACGUUACAGUCAAACUUUAAACGAACCCAAACGUUGUCUCUCAUUCUCUCUAGGGUGGACGUAGUGCUCUGUCUGAGCACCACAGUGAGGAACGACACUCUGCAGGACGUCAAGGAGCAACGUGUGUCUGUCAAGUGUCGUAAGCAGCUGAGGGUGGAGGAGCUGGAGAUGUCUGAGGAUGUCCGUCUGGAGCCUGAGCUCUACGACUCUUGUAAGCAGGACAUCGGGAGGCUGUGCCAGAACGUGGCCUUCGGGAAUGCCCAGGUAAGGCCCACUGACAACUGUUUGUGUGCCUUGACAAAGCAUUUAGUAAACAUAAUAUUUCUACAUGAUAACUAUUGAUGAGGGUGAUGUUGACGAUGAUAGCAACUAUUGAUGAUUGUGACGUCUGUCUGUAAUAGGUGAUAGAGUGUCUGAAGGAGAACAAGAGGCAGCUGACCCAGCGCUGUCACCACAGGGUGUUCAAGCUGCAGGAGGUAGAGAUGAUGGACCCAGAGCUGGACUUCCAACUCAUGAGGGUCUGCAAGCAGAUGAUCCGGGUAUGUACUUUUCACUGAGUCAUUUUAGCACUGAAUGCAUAACACAAGGAUCCUAGUCCAAAGCAAGCAUUGCAAGGCAUGUAAGGAAGUCUUCAACAAUUUAGCUGUGCUCAAAGGUGCCUCAGUCAAACCAUGAUUGCUGAUUACAUUGUCUGUAUGAAGUUAUAUUUCAGAGUAAUUACCAUUUUCUGAAGGAGAGGUCCGUGGCUGUUAGUAAGACUGUCCCAGACAUGACUGUGGCUUGUCGUCUAUGUUAGUCUCUCCCAGUGUGAAUAUAGUCUGCAUAGUCUGUGGCUCUGAUGCAAUACAUUGAAUCCCUAAUGAAGAGCAAUGUUUCGCCAGCUACACUACCUUCAUCUGGGUUUCGUCUGAGUGUCCUAGUGUUGUCUCUCUCUACCAGCGGUUCUGUACUGAGGCUGAUGCCAAGAACAUGCUGCAGUGCCUGAAGCAGAACAAGAACAGCGAGCUGAUGGACCCCAAGUGUAAACAGAUGAUCACCAAGAGACAGAUCACACAGAAUACAGGUGGAUACUGAAUGCACACACACACACACACUAUAGCGCUCAAUAUGAGCAGAGAUUAUGGCUUCCAUCAUACAUAUAGUACACAACACCUUUGUAGCAUUACCCUAACCCUGUGGUUCUCCCCACUCGAACCCUGUGGUUCUCCCCACUCGAACCCUGUGGUUCUCCCCACUCGAACCCUGUGGUUCUCCCCACUCGAACCCUGUGGUUCUCCCCACUCGAACCCUGUGGUUCUCCCCACUCAAACCCUGUGGUUCUCACCCUGUCUCCUCCCCUGUGUUCUGUCCAGACUACAGGUUGAACCCAGUGCUGAAGAAGUCUUGUAAGGCUGACAUCCCUAAGUUCUGCCAGAGCAUCCUGAACAAGGCUACAGGAGACAGUGAGCUGGAGGGACAGGUCGUCUCCUGCCUCAAACUCAAAUAUGCAGACCAGGUCAGAAUAUACAGCUUUAUCUUCUUAUACUGAACAAAAAUAUAAACGCAACAUGCAACAAUUUCAUCGAUUCUUUCUGAGUUACAGUUCAUAUAAGGAAAUCAGUCAACUAUAAUAAAUUAAUUAGGCCCUAUCUAUGGAUUUCACAUGACUGGGCAGGGGCAUAGCCAUGGUUGGGCCUGGGAGGGCAUAGACCCACCCAAUUAGGAGCAAGGCCCACCCGCUGGGGAGCCAAGCCCAGCCAAUCUGAAUGAGUUUUUCCCCACAAAAGGGCUUUAUUACAGACAGUAAUACUCAGUUUCAUCGGCUGACUGGGUGGCUGGUCUCAGACAAUCCCGCAGGUGAAGAAGCCAGAUGUGGAGGUCCUGGGCUGGUGUGGUUACAUGUGGUCUGCGGUUGUGAGGCCGGUUGGAUGUACUGCCUAAUUCUCUCAAACGACAUUGGAGGCGGCUUAUGGUAGAGAAAUGAACAUUCAAUUGUCUGGCAACAGCUCUGGUGGACAUUCCUGCUGUCAGCAUGCCAAUUGCACGCUCCCUCAACUUGAGACAUCUGUGGCAUUGGUUUGUGUGCAAAACUGCACAUUUUAGAGUGGCCUUUUAUUGUCCCCAGCGUCAAGGUGCACCUGUGUAAUGAUGGAUGGAUAGAUUAUCUUGGCAAAGGGGAAAUGCUCACUAACAGGGAUGUAAACCAAUUUGUGCACAACAUUUAAGAGAAAUAAGCUUUUGGUGGGUAUUGAACACUUCUGGGAUCUUUUAUUUCAGCUCAUGAAACCAACACUUAUAUUUUUGUUCAGUAUAGUUUACCAUGUUUGAGUGAUUCGUAGGUAGGCUACACAUACUGCUAUGUCUAGUUGAUUUGUCUCAUUCAUAGUGUGUGUGUGUGUACUUACACCAUUCUCUUACACGUGUGUGUGUGUGUCCACAGCGUCUGUCUCCAGACUGUGAGGACCAGAUCAGAGUGAUCCUACAGGAGUCAGCUCUGGACUACAGACUGGACCCCCAGCUGCAGAUUCACUGCACUGACGAGGUGAGUGGUUCUAAACAGGGGUUUAUUCAUUAAGUCUUGCAAUGGAAACCGUUUGUUUUAAGAACCAAACGGAACGAAAUGGGGAGGGAACUACCUGAAUUUGCCAAAUAGAAACUCUCGGUUUCGUUGCAAAUUGUUUUUUAUUUGGAGUAAACAGUUGAAAACUGUUGCUAUAGAAUCGUCACAAUGAAUACACCCCAGGACUAUUACAAACACAAAUGCUUUGUAACACAGUUAAGAAAUUGUGGUUAUACAUUCCCCUUCUGUGUGUCAGAUCUCUCGGCUGUGUCCAGAGGAGGCUGCAGCCCAGGAGCAGACCGGUCAAGUAGAGGAGUGUCUUAAAGUCAACCUGCUGAAGAUCAAAGUGGAGGGCUGCAAGAAGGUGGGUGGUUCUGUUCCCCCUCCUCUUGGUAGACAUAAACUGACAGUGUUCAGCCAUCUUAAGAGUCAAGAGUCUGAGAAACUCCCUCUUUUUCUCUCCACUUCUUUCCCCCUCUCUUUCUUCUCUCUGCAGGAGGUGUUGAACAUUCUGAAGGAGAGUAAGGCAGACAUCUUUGUGGACCCUGUCCUCCACACGGCCUGCGCUCUGGACAUCAAACACCACUGUGCUGCCAUCCCGCCAGGACGAGGACGCCGUGAGUAGUACACACACCUCUGUCCUUUGUACAGACAUCCCUGUCCCUGUUAGGCCUUUUCAUCUGUGUUGAAUGGCCUUAACUUUGUGCUUGUAUUCCUUCUCAGAGAUGUCCUGUCUGAUGGAGGCUCUGCAGGACAAGAGGGUGCGUCUGCAGCCAGAGUGUAAGAAGAGACUGCAGGACCGCAUCGACAUGUGGAGCUACGCUGCCAAGGUGAACAAGACAUUUGCACAAACACACCAACAAGAUGUCACUAGCUUGUCUUAACACUCACACCCGAGUCCUUUCAAAAACAAGUGUAAACCUACCAAACAUUAUCACCAUACCUUUUAAUGCACUUACAUUUUCUGUCAUGAAUUGUGAGCUAUCAGUGGAUGCUACCCUCUUAUGGCCUAGCAUUGAACUCACACUAUCACAUUGAACAAUCUCUAAUUGUUCAUACUUUGACACCCACACCUGCUCCCCUCUGUCCCUCCCAGGUGGCCCCGGCCGAAGGCUUCUCAGACCUGGCCAUGCAGGUGAUGACUUCCCCAUCCAAGACCUACAUCCUGGCUAUGAUUGGCCUGAGCGUGUGCGUUCUCUUCCUGUUCGGCCUGCUGUGUGGCCGCAUCACCAAGCGAGUAAUGCAGGAGCACAAGGACAGGUAGAGAGAGGGGCCUCAGAGGGCCACAGCAGCAGAACCAGGACAGGGCCCUCACUCAACAUAGCCCAGCUGCCCUCACCUUAGCCUGGCUCCAUGUACAAACCAUCUCCUCCUACUUUCCAUCCUCCUGUUUUAGCCCCCCAGCCGCCUUGUCAGUCCCUGAGACUGGGUUCUAGGGUGGAGCAAGCCAUUCGAGCUUCUCUGUCAUCAUUGCUAUGCUGUUGCAGGGCCACGUAGGGUCCUGGCCUGUAUCCCCUAUAAUAGUUGGUUUCCCAGUUUCACUGGUGUGAGAGCGGACAUGCCCUGACUGUGAGACCGACUCAUAACCCCUCCACCAUCUCCACUCCAGUGUCUGACUGAUGGAAGUCUUCAUUCACGUUAUGUUCUAAAGUUUUACAGGAGACUUCUAGAAGGACUCUGCCGCCACCUGUUUGUCCUCCAUCGCUCCACUGCUAACCAGCUAACACUAACAGAUCUGUACCGUCGGGCAGCCCGGAAAGGCGAGCAGGAUGGGGCAUAA